AUGGACAGAACCUUGGGCGGGAUUAAAGGGUUAAAAGGCAAAACCUCCGUUGCGCUCGGUGUCUCCCCGGCCGGCGGGGGCCGUGAGGGCGCUCCCCGCCGGUUCCUCCCGUCAGGCAGCGCGGCGGGCAGCUCCGCCUCCCGGCGGCGGCGCGGAGCGAGGGGCGCAGCGGCCCCGCGGAGCCGGCGGCCCCGGAUGGCCAAGCGCCGCGCGGAGCCGCUGCUGUGCCACGUGCCCGUGAAGCGGCUGCUGCGGGACCCGGCGCUGCCCCGCGCGGGCGAGCGGCGGCCCCGCGCGGAGCCGGGCGGCGCGGCCAAGCGCCCGCUGGAGGAGGCGGAGGCGCCGCCGGGAAAGCGGCUCGGGCCCGGCGCCCCCCGCGCGCAGCCGGGGGAGGCGGGCGGCGGGCGGCGGCGGCGCGGCGGGACCGCGGCGGCCCAGGACGCGCCGGCGGCGGAGGGACGCGCGGGCGGCCGGGGCAAAGAGCGGCCCGCCGCCGCCGCCGCCGAGCAAGAAGAAGAAUUCUGUCAAUAUAACUCAUUCCUGUACUGGAGACCACCACUGCCUGCUAUUGAUUUGUCUGAUAUUCAGAACUUAGAUGAAGAGACUCCAUCGAGUGCUAAAACUGCUGCAAGGACUGAUACCUCAGAGACUGAAAUGGAAACCUGAUCAGUUGUUUCAUAGCUGUGCAUCGACUCCCAGGAAACUUGUUUCCAUUGAGAUUUGGGUUUUGUUCCUUGGGUGAAUAAGCAUGCUUAUGCAGUCUUGGAGAAACUGUUGUGGCAGUCUUCAAAAGCAAAUCUGAGUUGCCUUAGUGUAUGGGAUAAACGGUAUUGGGUUCUUAACAGGAAGCUGUCUGAAGGUGGGCAGUAAGGAGGAGCCUGCAGUGUAAUAAGAAUACUUGAAGACAUGGAGGCAGACUAAAAGAAGAAUAUAAAAAAUUCUUACUUUGGGAUGCAAUUAAAAGAAAUGGGGAUAUGUUACAUGUCUAAAGGAAAUGUGAAAUUAUUUUGUCUGUCCUGAGCAAAAAUCAAGUGGUAUCUGAAAGUGAAAUAUUUAAUGUGUGAAUUUAUCAUAAAGCACACAAGCUCUAGUGAUUUCUAAUGUGUUUUUUUUUUUUUUUUUUCUGUAUAAUAGCUAAACCAAAAAAUAAGAGUCCAUCAAAAUCGGACAAAACAUUCCCUUUUCUAUGCAAACCAGAAACCAAAUGUGGCAGAGAAAGGGAAAGAAAAGGGGCUGCUUUCUGCUGAAAGCUGCUGCUGUUCUGAAAGGUAUCACAUUCUCAUUGAAAAAAAGUAUUUUCACCUUCUCUUUUUCACAUUACAGACAGCUGCAGGCACCCAGUUUUUUAUGUUUUUGGUUCAUCUAAAGUUAUUACUAAUUGUCUUUGUGAAGUUUCUCUGAACUAGUUGAUAGGAUCUGAAUUACAGGUUUGGGCAGAUAUGUCAAGAAAAGAUAGUGCAAUAUGAAAUGACCACACACACUCUUUCAAACCACACUUAAUAAGGUGUUUUUGCAGAGAUCGUGAAUCUUGCAGAGAGUUUUUGCAGAAGCUCAUUCAAGUAGUGUUUUUUUUUGCUGUGAAAUAUAAACUUAAUGUUUGUGAUUUGCAAUUUAUUUACAAAUUGAAGUAUAAUUAGAAAGACAUCUUUAAUAAUAGACUGAAGUUGUAUGGGAAAACUUACAUUUUGGAAUACAAUUUGUCUUUAAGGAUAGAAAAAAUUGUAUUUUUUUCUGUAAUCACUAUUGAAAAAGGCAACUUUUGAAUUUUAUUUUUUUCUAAUAAUGUGUUUGUUAAAGGACAAUAAAGUUUUGCCUGUGUGUAUGUGAAAACUUUGGCACUAUUACGAUGUGAAGUUCUUGACUUUAUUUCAUAAGAUUGCUGCGUCUGUAUCUUGGUUGAUUUAUUAGGUCUUUUUGCUUAAAAUAGUGAGCAUGUCAGCUUCGUUGGUAAACACUUGGAAAAUUCUGGAAUUUUUUCUGCCUAGGUAUCUGUAUUUGUUGCUUAUUCAUUUAGCUUGUUGAGAUCUCUGAAUACCUUCUGAAGAAAGGAGGUGGCUUAGAGACUUAAGCAGUUCACAGUGCCUCUUUGGAUAUCCUUCUGCUUUCUGUCAAAUUAGUUGGAUACAUAUUUGAAUAAUAUGUAUUUUUCUCAGACAGUUUUAGCAUUUUGUUUGAGUCCAAAUACACCAAUUUAGGAGGCACUUGGAAAUUUUUCCAAAAACCAAACUCCUUUUCUGGCAAGAAGGCUAUAAAACUGCUAUUUUAUGUUUACUAUAACCAAAAUAAAUUAGUGGAAAAAUAGA